AUGUUUGGUGGUAGCACGAAGUCUGGUUGGGUUGGUGGUGAAGACUGCACAGGAGGAGGCAAAGGAGGAGAUGGAGUUGGAGCUGGGGGAGGAGGUGAUUCGACUGGUGGUGGUGGGGAUUGGACAGGUGGUGGUGGAGAUUGGACAGGUGGUGGUGGGGAUUCAACUGGCGGUGGUGGGGAUUCAACUGGUGGUGGUGGAGAUUGGACAGGUGGUGGUGGCGAUUCAACUGGUGGUGGUGGAGAUUGGACAGGCGGUGGUGGCGAUUCCACUGGUGGUGGUGGAGAUUGGACAGGCGGUGGUGGUGAUUCAACUGGUGGUGGUGGAGAUUGGACAGGCGGUGGUGGGGAUUCAAUUGGUGGUGGUGGUGGAGAUUGGACAGGUGGUGGUGGGGAUUGGACAGGCGGUGGUGGGGAUUCAAUUGGUGGUGGUGGGGAUUCAACUGGUGGUGGUGGAGAUUGGGUAGGCGGUGGUGGGGAUUCAACUGGUGGUGGUGGAGAUUGGACAGGCGGUGGUGGAGAUUCAAUUGUUGGUGGAGGGGAUUGGAUAUGUGGUGGAGAUUGCACAGGCUCUGGUGUUGGUUCUGGUGUUGGAGAUUGUAGUGGAGGAGAUUGCACAGGCUCUGGUGUUGGUGGUGGUUGA